AUGACAAACCAAAAAAAUGUGGCCAUAAAGGUGGCAGUUUCCAACUCCUCCCUCUUCACGAGGGCGGCCAAAAAGCUGCGGGGAAGUGUUAUUACCAUUUCAAAGAAGAAGCCACUUCAGAAUCUUGAUAACAAUGGCGGUUCAAGAAUCAACGGUUGGGUUGACUCAAUGAGAGCAUCUUCCCCCUCUCAUAUCAAGUCCUCAGCUCAUUCUGAAGAUUUAAACUCUUGGAUUGUGCACCAUCCAUCCGCUCUCGACAUGUUUGAGGAAAUAACAAAUGCAUCAAAAGGAAAGCAAAUCGUCAUGUUUUUAGAUUAUGAUGGGACACUAUCCCCCAUAGUGGACGACCCUGAUAGAGCCUUCAUGUCUGAUGCGAUGAGAGCGACAGUAAGAAAACUAGCUAGAUAUUUUCCAACGGCUAUAGUAAGUGGGAGAUGCAGAGACAAGGUGUAUAGCUUUGUUCGUUUGGCUGAGUUGUACUAUGCCGGAAGCCAUGGCAUGGACAUAAAAGGCCCAUCAAAAGGUUCCAAACACAAGAAAAAAUGGAGUGAAUUAGCACAGCAAGUUAGAACAGUACUGAAGGAGUAUCCAAAGCUUCGAUUAACCCAAGGAAGAAAGGUUUUAGAAAUUCGUCCAACUAUUAAAUGGGACAAAGGCAAAGCCCUUGAAUUUCUAUUAGAAUCACUUGGAUAUGCAAAUUGCACCAAUGUUUUUCCUGUUUACAUUGGAGAUGAUCGAACAGAUGAAGAUGCCUUUAAGGUUAUAAGAGAAAGAGGUCAAGGGUUCGGAAUUCUAGUUUCAAAGAUGCCAAAAGACACGAAUGCAACUUAUUCUUUGCAGGAACCUUCCGAGGUAAUUAAGAAUCUUGGCACUAACUGGUCCUUGUACAACCUUUGUAAUAAAGAUUACAAGGAGAAAUUUGUAACUUAA